AUGAACCAUGUUUGCAGAGUUUGUAGAGAGAACAUUAAGAUUAGUGGUCGUUCGCAAGUGAAUAUCUUCCUCGAUAAGAAUCAAGAAUUUCUCAAUAAUUUUCAAACUGUGACAGCUUCGAAAGUUGAAGACGUCAAAGGAAAUUCUCARGUUUUGUGCCAAAAGUGCUAUAGAACUGUGCUUAGACAUUACAAAGUUAUAGGACAAUUCAAAGAAGUGGAAGAAUUCAGAAGGGAAUAUCAUAAAUCCCUACAAAACUAUGAAUAUUCUGAAUUACAUCGUGAGAAGAGAUGUGCUAAAGACUCGCCGACAGUAGAUGUAAACUUAACCAGGUCGAAGAAAAGAGCUUGUGUCAUCCCCACGGCUUCGAAGUCCAGAAGAAAACUUAGCGUUCACCAGGACUCGGAUUCAGAUACUGAAAACCCUUUCAAAGGCUUGGAUGUGAAUGCUUUUCGGCAGCCGGAAUCAAGAGGYCGAGCUCGUACAGAGGUUCGCAUAUUUUACCCAUCAGGGUUGUUUAGAAAACAAAUUGAAAAUGACUUAGAUGUCGCGAUCGUAAGGCACAUAGCCGAAGAAGGCCAUGGUGGACUUGCCACAUGUAUAAGGAAGAAUUCCUCGUUAAGGGAAGAAAUACUACAGAAGGUUUACUGCGACAUCRACAGAGAAUCUACUUCGCUUUGUAGCGACAAUAACCCAUCUCUUCUAAAGAAAACUGCUGCAAAGGAUUUGAUUCAAUUUUCGGAAAAUAAAUGUGCCCAGGAGUUGAAAAAUAGAGCGCCUACUCUGUAUGGCUGCAUGAUCAGUUCAUUGGCAAGCUCAAAACAAAGAAAAGCCAAAACCAGUGAUGAUAUCCUUACUAGUGCAGCAGCACCUAUCUCUGUGGCAGCUUCUGUACUUAUGCGGCAGCGAUGUCCACAGAUGUCAGCACUGGCAUACAGGGCUUUGUUCGUGCUAUCAGUAAGUCAUACUAGUACUCUAAGGAAGCUUGAUGAAAUGGGGAAAGGUUUUGACUCAGAGAUAAAGAACUGGAAAAGUGAUAUGGAAAAACAUCACUUGAUUGGUGAGAUGUUGGAUUGUGUCCAGGAAUAUGUAGUUGUCCAGGAGGCCCAGAAACAGGAACAAAUUCCAGAAGGGUUUUCUACAGCAAACAUUGGYACUCUUGACUUUGUAUUUCCUACUGCCAACACAUCAGYUGAGCAGCAUUCACAAGGAAGUGAAUCCACCAACAGUGACUUGGARGACAUGGAAGACUUUUUGGAUGACUAUAAGCAGUACUGUGAAGAUGUUGCUAAUGUGGAUAAUAUAUUAGAUCAUGURGAUUAUUGCCCAGUAUCGCAUCACAUUAUGAAGAGUGGAUAUGUCGAAGAAAGUCAAAAGGCACUGUUAGACUUUGUUGCUGAAACAUCUGUUCAAGACAUAAGAAACAUAGACAGGGUGGRUCUUAACACUUUAAAGGCCCAUCACRAUGACAUUGAGCYUGCUAAGUACCAAAUUAUUGGAGACAACUUGGACAUGUAUGUCAAAGUGAAACACAUGUCAAGUGAAAGACAAAACAAAAGUAUUCACUGGUUUGCAAUGAAUGCAAUUAUGGACCGAGUAUCAAAGAAGCCCCCAUCCCCAAGGAGUAAUAAACAGCUCAAGUCAAUAUUAGAAGUUCAAAAUUCAGAGUUUCUCCCAUCUUGUGAAGACAAUAUAAAGUUACUUGGUAACUUUAUCCCAUUAUUUGCKAGAGUACUGGUUAGCAGAAUUCCUGAUUUUAAAUGCUUUCAAGGAGCUGUCAUUAAACAUAUUCCUCAUCAAUACUCAAAGGAAAUGAAAAAGAAGUCAGUACAGGUCCCUUUAGGAAUCCUUUUCAAGAAUGAAAAUCUUAAUGACGAAAUGAUUGAAAUCCUUGAGCAUAUUCAUUCUGAAUAUGUCCCCACCCAGACAAAAGUAACAGAAAGUGGAGAUCCAGUAACAGAGACUAUCGGCAGUUUGUUCUUUGGGGGGGAUCAGCUAACUGAAGAAAGAGGAAGAAAUGCUAAAGCUGCAAGAGCUGAUGGCGACACACAUUUUGAAAGACUGGAGGGCAUUGAGGUUAAGCACGAAGAUUGGCAUGCGAUCCGUUUGAUAUACCAGAUUAUGUAUGAUAUUCUUUACAAGCCAUCUUCUGCUAGUGAUCAUGGGACCAUGUGCUGCAACAUGAAUGUUACAAACAACAUAAAUGCCAAGACAAACAAAGUGGAAGAUAACUUUAACUACUGUAAAGACUUUGUAAGUGUAGAAACAGAAGCAUACAUAGUYUCAGCAAUGAUGGAGCACUUGGACAUGAGUUGCCUAGAUGAUGAAGUGGUCCCAGAGUUGAUUAAAACAGCAUCCAUCCAGGAGAAACAACAAUGGUUGUAUGGUCAUACUAAGACUGUCCUUGAAAAUCAUGUUAUGAAGAGACAAUCUGAAGAAUGCAACAAAAUAGCUGUUAAUGUGGACAACCUUAACAAGCCCAAACAAAGACCCGUCUAUCCAUGCAGUCACUGUGAGAAGACAUAUUUUUAUAAGAAAGCCAGGGAUAAUCAUUUAAGACACAUACAUAAGAUAAAUACCAGUGAACCAGAAGUUGAGACUCCAAAGCAAGURAAAGAAKAUGCCAAAGAAGAUUAUGUUUACAAUUAUGCCUGCGUUCGCUUGAGUUUGGGGAUGCUAAUUUUAAACUUCAAUGAUGCUGUCAAAGAAGGAGAUGGUGCCAGAAUAGUGAGAUGCUGGAAGUACAUGUUGCUCUUAUUUAAAGGACAUGGCCAUACCAAGUAUGCUUUGGCAGCUCUGCAACUCAUUGCUUAUACACAAGCUCUUUUAACCCCAGAAAAGGCCCACAGUCUCAUAUGGAAUAGAACGGUCAACAACAAAGGUGGAGCUGGUAAGAACAUUUCAUUAGACCUACGGAUGGAGCAUAUCAUACACCUACAUAAAGAGAUGUUAGGAAAUCUUGGAGCUAAUCUUCACCAAGCACCAGCAUUAAGAAGCAGUAGAGCAGUGAAGGCUGUYGAGGACAUGCUCUCUUCUGUAGAUGAUGAACUUUCUGUUAGAWGACCAUCUGGAAAGCAUACCGUCACACGCUCUCAAUCAGACUUUGAAGCAAUUGUCAAUGAGCUGCACACAAGAGCUGAGGUGUUUGUGGAGAAAGCUGAARCAGGUAGAGAACAUGAAGCCUUCCCAAAAUUUAAAAGAAGUGUGCUCACAAGCUUAGAAUAUGACAAACUGAACUCAUGGYUCAACAUGCACAAAAAACAGUGGGCCAAGCAAGGCUUCUAGUAAUCAUGAUAUUUAAAUCAACAGUCCAUAUGUAUUCUAAUUCUAAUGCCAUUGCUUUCCAGUCAUUUGUAAACCCUCAGGAAUACAUGUAUUAAAGGGACACUGUCAAUGGAUGACAUGCGCAGUA